AAUGUGUGAGAGAGCACUGAGACCACAACACAGACAGACCUCUUCUCAAGACAUUACCAACAUCUCAGCACACUCUAACCUUACUUUAAGUCACUGUAGUUAGAGAACAUUGUAGAGAAAGUUCAUAGGUUUCAGACUACAGCUAAAGAGAACAAACAACAAGUUCCUUCUUUUAGAGUAACUGAGCAACCUGGGAUUUACCUUGGAUUGGAUUACCUCACAUCUCUCCUCUGGUGGUGGAGUCUUUCUUCAGCAAGGAGCCACAGAGCUGACAUCAGUAUGGCAGAGAUCCACUGGGUGCUGGUUCUGUCUCUGCUGGUGCAGGGCUGUGAGUGCAGCAUGGGAACCACAGACAAAGGCUGCAAGAAAUGGAGCAUAAAUGGAGAUAAUGCCUGCUGUGAGAUCUGUCAUCCAGGAAACCGCCUGGUGAAGGAGUGUGGUCCGGAUCCAAAGGCCCUGUGUGUUCCUUGUGGGUCGAAUACAUUUACAACCAAUCCACUGACCAUGAUCUGUGACAGCUGUAGACAGUGUGUUGAAGCUCUUGUAUUUGUGAAAGAAUGCACGGCUACAUCUGACACAGUGUGCCGCUGCAAAGAGGGCCUCACCUGUGGCAAUGAUCCGUGUACAUUCUGCAUCAAGAAGUGUGACAAAGGACAGGAACGCACAGAUGACAGUUCUUGCAGACCAUGUCCAGAAGGAACCUUCAAUAACCAAACUCAGCAGAAGUGUAAACCCUGGAGUAAAAAGUGUCUUGAUCCAGAUGAGCAGAUUGUGGCCAAUGGAGAUGCAUUUUCUGACAUCAAGUGUUCAAAGAUAGCACCCAGCCCUGCAAUCAAACCUGAGAGCACAACGCAGGAAUGGCCACUGAUUUGGUCUGGUGUUGGCUUUGGCACAAUUUUGAUUUGCGUUAUCAUCGCUGUAGUCUGUGCAAUUCGUAAAAGAAGGCCAAGGGAAGAAAAAGAGCCAGAAAAAAUGAGUGAAACGAUGAUAAUCAGACCUCCUUCAGAUGAGCCCAGGACUUUGAUAGCGAUCGACUGCAGCUUCCAUGAAGCCCAGCAGGAGCAGGGCAGCAGCUUGGAGUCGCUCAACUCCAAAGACUCUUCAGAACAGCUGCUUCCUUGAACACAAGGGGACUGGGCUCAAAAGCAACAUUGGAGAACCCUGAUGUGUCUGAUAUCAGGACAGAGGAUAUCCUGAACAUUUGUGUUGAAGGGUAUCUUUGUAUGGGCAGGUUUGUUUUUUGUUUUUUUUAGCUCUGAAUGGAAGAAAAACAGCACUUUGUUCAAAAAGCUGACGUUCAUCCUGUUCAGCCUGUUAUCCUUAGUUUAGACACCAUAGGAGGUCAACCUUACAGAUAACGUUUGUCAGAAUAUUAUACAGUGUUUAUAUGACUCAGUACAGGGGAGGAUGGGGAAUUCUCAGAGGGGAAAAACCACAAUGAAGGCUAUUCAUUAUCUUAAUUUUAGGCUAGCAGCAGCCUGUUUCCUCCUUUCAUAUUGACUUACAGAUCAAAGGAGGCCCUAAAAAUAGCCUCUUCAAAUUAUUUGAUAGCAGGUCAUAAUGACCCAAAUACAACAAUCAUAUCCUUUGGAAAACACUGAAAAAAAAAACAUUUUUAAAAUACUGAUGCAUUUGAAUGUGUAUGAAUGAGCUGUACUAUCCCCUAUUUGCAUGUCUGUCCCACUGACAGUUACUCUCUGUGAGUGUACAGUACAGGUGGGUGUUAAGUGGGGUGUAAAAUUCUAAAGAGUUUCAGUCAAGCCUCAUACCGAGCCCACAUACAUCUCCAGGGCCUGUGUUUUGUUCAGUCAGGCUCUAAUAAUGUGGUUACCUCCUGUUUACUGCUAAUUCAUGAGGUUUGUGCUGAAACAUGAUUUCCUAUGAAUCACUUUGAUUUCUUCUUUAAAUGUGUGGAUUAUAUGUGAUAUAUUUUAAAGAGUACAUAUCAUAAUAGCUUUGUUUUAGCAAAGCUUUGUUUCAUGUUUGAAAACAAAACUAUUACCUCUAACAGUCCCUGCGUUACGGACUUUCCAAUUCUGCUUUAUUGGUAGUAAAAAGGCAAGUAGAGGGAGUUCCCUCCUCAUCAUUAGUUGAACUUAGUAGACGAGAGUCUACAGGGCAGUACAGUACCCAACUGCCUCAUUAUUGUUUUCAUUUAGCACCGCUUCAACAAGCCAUAUUUAGACAGGCUGGGGCAUGCCACUCAGGUAAGAGUUGGAAAAUACUGCUGGCACCAAGUGUAGUUUUUAUGCAACUCUAAAGUCAGAUAAUGUCGUAAGUCACGGGCUGAAGAAAAAUGCUCCAGAGUCCUCUUAGAUGCGUCAUGUGGGAAACCCUCAGGGUUACAAUGUUAGCAGUUAUCUGAGAUAAACAAAAUAUUAAAACAAAGCUUGGGGGUCAUGUGGAAACCCCCAUUAGGCCUGUACUCUUCUUUUGUUUUUACUUCUCUCAUAGCACAACAGAGUGGCCAGCUAUUUCAGACUGAGUGGAACACACAUGAUUCUUCUGAGGUGGAACAUUCGAGAAAUGUGCUGUGUGGGUUUAAGGUGACAGUUUUAGCCCACACCUAUAGUGAUGUGUCAGUGAGCGUGUGAGUCAUGAUUAUGACGUCUGUAAAAAGUCAUACAGUUGCAUUUUUUUUUUAAAACUGUAGCACUUUAUCUGCCAAGGUUACCUGAUAUAUUUGAUGCCCUGUUACUGAUGUGAACUUUGAGCCUUUGACUUUUAUUGUUACAUGACCUUUUUUAAAUUAUGUGCUUUGCACUGCACUCCAGCACUGAGUUACACUGAAGAUCACACUGCCAAUAUUUUAUAUUGUAUUCUUUUUUUUAUAACUUUAUAAAAUUCAAUAAAAUGAUUUUUUUCUUUUA